AUGGCAUGGCUAACUUGUGGACGUGCAACAGUCGUUGUUUUCCUAUCGUACAUGGUUUAUAAUUUUUAUGCCUUAUACUUAUUAUUUUACCCUCAGCAAUGUUCUAUAGUUGCCAAGAAUGAAAAUAAUUGUCUGAGGCCGUUUUUGAAAGACGAUGCCAAACUAUCAUUGCAGAUUUACACCUCUGUCAAGUCAACAAAGCAAUCAAUUAGAAAAUUAUCAUCAAUAUAUACAGAAGAAGAUUUUCAUUAUCAUAAAGCUUUUACAAAGUCUGUUAAUGUAACCUUGCCAUCUGCUGUGGUUAAAAAUGGAACUUUAUUUGCUCACAUUGUUAUCUAUCCGUAUCUUCAAAUGAUUGAUGGCCACAGUCUUGCUUAUACGAUUGCCCCGCUCACUCGAUAUGCAAUACCUAAAGCUGAUACUCAACAUUUAUUAUCUAGCAGCAUUCAAAAUAGGUGUUCAUCUCCAUUAAUUAUUUUACAGACUUUAAAUCGCCCUAAAUCUCAUUGGAAGAAAACCGUUAGUGUCAGAUUAAUGACAGAAAAGUUUCUGUUUGAUAUGAAACAAUUUCCAGCAGAAAUAUUCAGUUUAUUAAGGCUAACUAAUGGUGAUCAAUAUCUGCCAUUCUUGCACGUAACGGAAAUGAGCCAGACUUUGCGUCAGGCGGAAGUUAUCGAUGUCAAUACUACUGUAAAAGUUUUGCAUAUCGAUUAUCAACCAAUUUCAGUCGGUGCGUUAAGAUUUUGGGUCUCUAUGGAAGAAUCAAUGAAACUAAUUCGCAAACUUGGAUUUUCUGAUAAUGAUAUUGAUAAAGUGAAAGGUAUAUUCUCGAGUGGCAAUUUAAAACUCCUUCUUUUAACGUUCGUGAUAUCAUUAGUUCAUGUUUUAUUGGACUUUUUGGCAUUUAAGAACGACGUUAAUUUUUGGAAAGGAAGAAAAACGACUGCAGGUCUCUCUCCUACGACAGUAAUAUGGCAUAGUUUUAGCUAUAGCGUUAUCUUUCUAUACCUCUUGGAUGAAGAUGCUAGUUAUUUAGUCAUAGUACCAUUAGGGAUUUCUACAAUUAUCGAGAUUUGGAAAUUAGCUAAAGUCUUUAAAGUAACAUUGGAAAGGAAACCUGAACAUUGGUUGCCAUCAAUUCAAUUUGGUCAACGUUCUAAAGCUGAACAGGAAUCGGAAUCUUAUGAUUUAGAGGCGAUAAGAUAUCUAUCAUAUUUUCUUUAUCCGUUGGUUUUGAUUGGAGCAAUAUAUUGCUUAAUCUAUAAUUCCUACAAAAGUUGGUAUUCAUGGAUUCUUCACAGUCUCGUAAACGGAAUCUACGCUUUUGGAUUUCUGUUUAUGCUGCCACAACUGUUUAUUAAUUACAAGUUAAAGUCUGUUGCUCAUCUUCCUUGGAGAGCAUUUAUGUACAAGGCCUUCAAUACUUUUAUUGACGACGUUUUUGCAUUCAUAAUUAUCAUGCCAACAUCCCAUCGUUUAGCAGUAUUUCGAGAUGAUUUUGUAUUUCUAAUCUAUUUGUAUCAAAGGUGGUUAUAUCCUGUCGAUAAGAGUAGGGUAAACGAAUUUGGCAUGUCAUACGAAGACAAAGAAAGUAAACCACAUUCCGAUUAA